UCUGUUAAAAUUGUUAAUAAAUGAUUAAUGUGAAAUAAAAAUUUAACAGAACUCUUGUUUGCUCAAAAUUGAACAAAUUAUCGACGAGCAAUGUCGAAGAAUACGCGAAAUACUUUGAUAUUACGCUUCGAUAAGAAAUCGUUAUGCAAACAAACGUUGCUGAUAUCCUGCGCGAUUCUGAUAUUCGUUCGUUCUCUUUUCAAACUUACGAUCUUUUGCAUAUUACUCGCGCAACACAACACUCUUCAGGUCCUGGAAAAUAGACACGAUGCCUCGAUCCGAAUAGAGAUUAACGCGAAAAGAUAUUGACACGAUUACACAACAUUUCAAAUAAUAUGUUGGAGAUUGACAGGCGUUAAUACUUGAAAAGUAUUACACGUAUUAUCGCUUUUACUAUUAUCGUGCUACCGUUGUGAUCCCUGUGCACACUGAUAUUUCGUGGGACCUGAGAAACUGUGCGUAAUCUCGUUACAAUUAUUGAUACUAUUCGUAGGAGGAUACGUGAUUGAAACAAGGCUGGACGAUAUGAAAAGAAAAAAGAACGAGCGAAAAGAAUCGCGAGGAUCUUUAUUAUCUAAUAUUGUUUAAUAUUAUUUUUAACUAACGUGAAUUUCAAUUAAAAAUAUGUUAAAGAUUCGUUCUUUAAAAAAACGUUAAAAUAAUUCAAUUAAUCGCGAAUGUUGAUCAAUUAAAACUUUUCCUAUCGGGAACGAUCCAUCUAUUGGUUUCUAUAGUGAUGUUCGAGCAUUAUCAGCUGAUUAGCAAAUGCGACAUAUGGCCGUAGUUGGUUUUAUUAGAUUAUCGUACACUUACUUUUUCAACUAUAAAUCCUUGUUCAACGACAUUUUAAGACCGGACAUUUUCAGUGAAAGUGGUGAACGGGAAGGACGAUAAUAAUUGGAUUUCACUUUCCUUUUUUUUUUUUUUUUUUUUUUUGCGACAAACUUAGAGGUAAGAAAAUUUGAUUAAUUCCCCGUACAAAUAUUUCCAUUCACUGUAUAGUACCGCGCCUUUAACUUGAUGUCACUCUCUACAACGCAGUUGAUCGUGAAUCACAGUGACAGGCAUCGUUGCAUUACGUGAAUUUUUCCAUUCAACGAUAAAAGAAAAACUGAAUAUUAGCAUUGAAUAUUCUAUAUCACGUUCGAGAUCAUAAUUAAAAUCGUUGAUUAUCAUUUUUAUCCGAUAAAAUAGGUAUUAAAAUCCUUAUCGUCAGAGAUACGAAAAUCAAUAAAGUUGAAAAUCUAAUUUCUCAACUCACCGAAUCACUAGUAGGCGAAUUUCUAUUCUUUCGUAAGAAAUUAAUAUACAAAAAAAGACACGACGAUUAUCAAUUUUUAAUUUAACACGGCCGCAGAAACUUCGUAAUCGUUCUUCGCACGAGUUUGAAGGAGAAAGAGAGAGAGCGUAAUCGCCCUAAAAACCUCUAAUCUCCUAAACUAGACGACUACAUAGCCGUGGCACGCGUCUAAUGCAUACAAAGGAGAGUGGUGGGGGGUUUAGGUGCCCCUCCGUCGUGAUUAUGGGGUGAACUGUUGGUACGGUGCCCCAUAGACGACGGGCCGCCCUUGUGGAGGGGGCAAAAUACCCCUCGGGACGGUAUAUAUGCCCUAAGAGCCCCAUGCCACUUUCGCAGUACCAAAUUGUACCCCGCCUGGCACGGUCUCGCGUUUCUUAUUUCCUUUUUUUUUUUUCCCCUCCCCCCUACUCGCCGCCAACGAAACGUUCGGCUAUGUCGUGACACGGAAUUUCAUUCACAAAGUGCAAUCGCGGAAUCAUAGCAAGUUUAUGAAGUGAACGAAUCUGUGCGACGUAUUCUGCGAGGAUCAGGUAAGACGAUUAUCGGUGAAAACGGUGGCGUGGAACGAAUUAUUCGAAUGUACAUCGAUCGGUGAUUCGUGAAUUGAGUUUUUCAAUCAAUCCCUCGUUAAGCCAUUCACUUCGUAGAAUAAUAAACCCGUGAAAUAUUUAUCCCUCUCAGAGAUAGACAGCCGCAGCAUGUCCUCGGAGUACUCGUUCUGCAGCGAAGGAGGUUUCGACGAGCUGUCGAGUUCCUCCGAUUCCGGUUUCGACGUGAGCUUCGAAUCUCCCAAGCACGAGGCACAAACGGACGCCCUGUUCCCGCCGGCGAAAGAGGAGAAACGGAAGAAAACUCGGAACACGCGGUGCAAGAGUCCGACACAGGUGCUCAGACUGAAAAGGAAUCGUCGAAUAAAGGCGAACGAUCGCGAGAGGCACAGGAUGCACACUCUGAACGACGCGUUGGAACGCCUGAGGAUGGCGUUGCCCACGUUUCCGGAGGACACCAAGCUCACGAAAAUCGAGACCCUCCGUUUCGCCCACAACUACAUCUGGGCCCUGUCCCAGACGCUGGGAAACACGGAAACUGGGGAGAUCACCGUGAACGUGGGCAACGUGACGGUCAGCAUCAGCGAGAAUGGAAACAUGAUCACAUCCUCGACAGGAAGUUGCGCGGUCGCCGCGCAGAAGCGGCUCGGCCCGUCGCACGCUGUGUUCCCUUAUCCCCAGGAGAGAUUCGUGCCCGAAUGGCAGGAAUACGAUUGUUACAGCGACCAGAGCAGUGUCAGCCCACCGAUGCAGUAUCAACCGUGCUACGACCAGAGGAUGUACGCCCAUCAGCAUCAGCUUCCGGCUCCGCAUCAUAUGGGACAUAACAACAUGUAUCAGUGUCUUUAGAGAGUUCUUUUUUUCUUCUUCUUCUUCUUGUGGAAGUUGGAUAGUUUGGGAUAGAUGGUUGUUUCGGAUGGGAAUGGGACGAGGAUGGACUUGGAUCGUCCAAGUUUUCGAAGAUGGCUUGGUAGAUAGUGAGGAUUGAUUGCGGUGAGGGAGAUUAGACGGAUGGAAAGGGGUUGAUGCGUGGGUCUGAGCGGGGGAGUAAUAAAGACGAAUUUUCAAGGUUAGUUACUUACGAGGCUUCGAAGUGAAUUUGGUACUUGACUCUUGAAUAAUUGAAUUAAUUUUGAAAAUUUCUAUUGGAAAUUGUAGGAAUGGCAGUAAACGUGAAAUUUUUCCAACAAGUUGAUCGGAUUAGGUUCACGUUGGUAACCGAACAUGAGUCAUCGUCGCCAUUGUACUUAUUGCAAUGAGCAACGAAGUUACUUAGGAAGUAUUCGACACAGUGUAACGAUUAUCGAUGAAAUUCUGUCAAACGUCGAGUGCCAAGUAUUAAAAUCUAAUCGAAGCCGUCGCUUAAAAAUCAAUACUUGAAGACCAAAGAAUACUUGCAUACCAUUUUCAACGCAACUAACAUAUGUCCAUAUUCUAGUGAAUUUUCGCGUAGUAAAUUUCCCAAAGUUCCAGCGUAAUAUUGCAAUUUACAAAGAAAAACAAAUUGUGCUUUUCAUCUGCAUAUCAUCGAACGAAAGUAAAAGCGUUAUUCAAGAUUUCGCGUCGAAUUAACGAAUUAGCGAGUGUAAAAAAGAAAAAAAGAAAAAAAAGAAAAAAAAGAAUAGGUCAGUGCGCAACGUGUUAUUUACUUUGUAAGAAAAGCAUUCUAUUCGCAACGAAUUACUAGGAUUAAGGAUUAACGAUUUAGAUGUAACCAAGAUUUUUCACUUCGAGCUAACUUCUUCGACGAAAGCAUAUUGAUUGAUCAUUUAUAAUUUCCUUAAUAAACCUGUGGAAAAAUCGAGGCAUCGUGUAUACACGGUGUAUGAUUAGAGACACGUGCGUAAAUGCGUUCCUUUUCUUUUCUAGUCAUCUAGAUGCUCUUAGGUUGAUCUCGAACGUUUGAUCUCACUGUUUGUUUCUUAGAAUUAUUCUAUUUAUAGUAUACGUCUCCGCCAGUGCUCUUAUCGGAUCGUAAAACUGCCGAUUCAGGGAAUAUAUAUUGUACAGAAUAUUAUAUCUUAUCAAUAAAUCAUAUUUUACCUAGACGCAUA